UAAAGAAGAGCCUGCUUUCGAUGUAGAAUUCCUUCCACAUUCACCCGCUUGUACAUACUCGGCCGGAACAUGAGAGUUCUCAAGAAGGGCCUAAGCUAUCUCGUUCUUCUCUUUGCUUCGAUAAUGGUGUCAACAGCGGUUGCGAGAAUCCAAUACCAUGAUUUCGUAGUCCAAGCGACGUCUGUGAAGAGGCUAUGCAGGACGCGAAGAACUAUAACUGUGAACGGGCAAUACCCCGGGCCUACCUUAGAAGUUAAUGACGGAGAUACUCUUGUGGUCAGUGUGGUUAAUAGGGCUCGUUACAAUGUCACCAUCCACUGGCAUGGGAUAAGGCAGAUGAGAACAGGAUGGGCCGAUGGACCGGAAUUUAUAACGCAGUGUCCCAUUCGACCGGGAGGAAGUUACACCUACAGGUUCACCAUUGAAGGACAGGAGGGUACGCUUUGGUGGCAUGCGCACAGUUCUUGGCUUAGAGCCACCGUCUAUGGUGCUUUGAUCAUCUAUCCAAGACAAGGAUCUACCUAUCCUUUCACAGAGCCUAAGCGCGAGACCCCCAUUCUGCUUGGUGAAUGGUGGAAUGCGAAUCCCAUCGAUGUAGUAAACGAGGCGGCUCGAACAGGAGGAGCUCCAAAUGUAUCAGAUGCUUAUACUAUCAACGGUCAGCCUGGAGAUCUUUACAGCUGCUCUAGUUCAGAAACCAUUGUAGUCCCAAUAGAUAAAGGUGAGACGAGCCUCCUCCGGGUCAUCAAUGCUGCGCUCAAUCAAGAGCUCUUCUUUGCCGUGGCCAACCACCGGCUCACUGUGGUUGGCGCUGACGCGUCCUACUUGAAGCCCUUCACCUCAUCUGUGAUCAUGCUCGGACCGGGCCAGACCACUGAUGUUCUGAUCACUGGAGACCAACCCCCGGCUCUUUACUACAUGGCUGCGCGGCCCUACCAAAGCGCUCAAGGUGCUCCCUUCGACAAUACGACGACCACGGCCAUUCUCGAGUACUUAUCCGCCCCUUGCCCGUCUAGGGGCAUGCCGAGUACACCUAUGAUGCCCACUCUCCCAGCUUUCAAUGACACGGCCGCGGCCGCGGCCUUCACUCAAAACUUGAGAAGCCCCAAUAGCGUUCCUGUACCCACCGAUAUUGAUGAGAGCCUCUUCUUCACCAUCGGUCUAGGGCUCUUCAAUUGCCCGUCGAAUUUCAGAACCGACCAAUGUCAAGGCCCGAACGGAACCCGCUUCACAUCUAGCAUGAACAACGUGUCGUUCGUUCUUCCUUCCAGCUACUCCAUCCUACAGGCUUACCAUCAGAAAAUACCUGGGGUGUUCACGACGGAUUUCCCCGCGGUCCCGCCCGUGCAGUUCGAUUACACAGGUAACGUCAGCCAGUCACUCUGGCAACCCGUUCCUGGAACCAAAGUGUACAAGUUGGAGUACGGGUCGAACGUGCAGCUAGUGUUACAAGAUACCAGUAUAGUGUCGGGCGAAAAUCACCCAAUCCACAUUCAUGGCUACAACUUCUACGUGGUGGCCGAAGGGUUCGGAAACUUCAAUCCCGCGACCAACACCGCCAAGUUUAACCUUGUCGACCCUCCCAUGAGGAACACGGUAGGAGUACCGGUGAAUGGGUGGGCAGUCAUCAGAUUCGUCGCCGAUAAUCCCGGAGUGUGGAUAAUGCAUUGUCACUUGGAUGUGCACAUCACAUGGGGUCUUGCAAUGGCAUUCCUGGUAGAGAAUGGAAUUGGAGAGUUGCAAUCCAUAGAGUCUCCGCCAGAGGAUCUACCUCCUUGUUGAAGAACAAUAUCCCCAGAGGAACAAAAUUGCCCGAGUCGAGAAACUUGUU